AUCGUCACACAAUUCCCAGACCACACCGUGCGCCACGCCCCCUUCCCCAAAAACCUUUCGAAAACCGCCGCGCCAACCGCCAACCGCCACCCGCCCCCGUCCAAGAAACCGCACGCCGACGCCGGCGCCCGACCAAGAUGGUGCGGCUGAGCAACACCAUGAUCGGGAUCCUGAACGCCAUCACCUUCCUCCUCUCGGUGCCGAUCCUGGCGGGGGGUAUCUGGCUGCGCGCGCGCGCCGACGGCACCGAGUGCGAGCGGUACCUGGCGGCGCCGGUCAUCGUCCUGGGGGUCUUCCUCAUGCUCGUCUCCAUCGCGGGGCUUGUCGGCGCCUGCUGCCGCGUGACAUGCCUCCUCUGGUUCUACCUCGUCGCCAUGUUCCUGCUCAUCGUCGUCCUCCUCGGCAUCACCGUCUUCGCCUUCGUCGUCACGCACAAGGGCACCGGCGAGGCCGUCUCCGGCCGCGGGUUCAAGGAGUACCGGCUCGGGGACUACUCCACCUGGCUGCAGAGGCGGGUGGAGAACGACAGGAACUGGAACAGGAUCAGGGGGUGCCUCCAGGACGCCAAGGUCUGCAAGUCGCUCGAGGACAGGAGGGACACGGUCCAACAGUUCAUGUCCUCCGAUCUCUCCCCCAUCCAGUCCGGCUGCUGCAAGCCUCCGAUCAGCUGCGGCUUCACCUACGUCAACGGCACGCAGUGGAGCGGCCCGGCCAAGUCGACGGAGCCCGACUGCGGUGCGUGGUCCAACGACGACGGGGCGCUCUGCUACGGCUGCCAGUCGUGCAAGGCCGGCGUGGUGGCCACGCUCAAGCGCAACUGGAAGCGCUCCGCCAUCAUCAACAUCGUCUUCCUCGUCUUCAUCGUCAUCGUCUACUCCGUCGGCUGCUGCGCCUUCAGGAACAACCGCCGCGACCACCGCAACGGCGGCGGGUACAAGCAGCAGGGCGCGUACGCUUGAUCGCGCGCUUGGCUCGGUUAUUUAUUGCUUGGAUUGGAUGGAUGCGAUCGUCUCGUCGUGUCAUGCAUCUUCGUCGUCGUGUUUCUCUUAGGAUGGCCUGAUCUAGCUUUGUACAGGCGAGAUGUGCUCUGAUCACCUACUAGUUAGGUUUUACUCCGUGGUCAUGAGGAGGGUUGUGUAUAUAUAUUUUCUGUUCUUUGAUAUUUAUUAUCGCAGACCAUUAUAUAUGUAACAGAUUAUUCUGGAGUUAUUUAUUUCAUAUUAUAUCUA